AUGGAUUCAAAUAAAUAUCAAAUGGCAUGUUGGUUACCUCAGCCAACAUCUAACAAAGAAUUGUGCGACGCUAUCGAUGAAAUCAUGAAACCCGAACGUGAAGAUGUUACAGUCGAUGAUCCUCUUUCAUCUACUGCGCCGCUAGAUCUUGAUUUAGAGUCAUUCAGCGAUUUGUUGGAUAACUCAACAAAUAAUGUACAAGUUCUAUCGCCGAUGUCACCAGCGACAUCAGCGACACAUGAUUAUACUCAACCGUUGAAUAUUUAUGACAUAUCAGCAACAUCCAAUUCAACAUUUCCUGUUAAUAAUAAUAAUCCGAUAAAUUCACAAUCAAACACAACGACAGGGUACUCUUCAUUAGGAAUUAGUCCGAAGUUUACGACAUUAAGUCUUAAUCAACAACACAAUCCGUUUUCGUCGUCAUUGCAAGAUCCCACGAAUUCCUCGAUACUUCUUCAGCCAUUCGUCCAAUCGUCAUUAGCACUGAAUUCAAAAAACAAUCUUCAUCCACCACUAUUUGUUCAAACUCAACAACAGGACAACUCCUCUUUAGGUACAUCGUAUCCAUUCGAGUUACAAGUUAAUAGUGGUAUAUCAGACGUGAAGCGCUUUCGAUCUGCUAGUAUGAAUGAAGGAGCAACACAACAUCAACAAGCAAAACUCGAUCCUCAUGGUUUCGAUCCGUAUCGUCUUCGUUCUCAUACAUACGUAACUCCGCCCUACUAUCAAAACCGAGCAUCGUCAUUGGCAACAACGACAACAUCGUCUGUGUCAUCGAUUGCAACAGAUGCUUCAUCGAAUUCAGCUUGGCCGUACGGUGAUGGUCCGCGACCAGCGUCCAGUUCGUUUUCCGAAGUUUUAAGUCAACAACAACAGCUGCGUUUAAACAAUGGCCUAUCAGCUUCAUACGGCGGCUCAGGACCGUUCUAUUCACUUCAACCACCACCACAGCAGCAGCGUACCUCAGGUGGCUUUCUACCUGAUAUCAGUUUUCAGACACCAUCAACAACAAAUUGCACGCUGUUUUCGAUAAAUCAACAAGGAAAUGGUGCUACUUCACCAUCUCCAUCCAACCCUGCUCGAAAACGUCCAUCAUUAGUUGGCUUUCCUGUUGAAGAAAUCAAGGUCGAUCCGGAUAGUCCAAGCUGUACUCUUGAACAAAGCGAGCCUGAUCUUUGGUCUGACCUUGAGCAGAAUUCAUCGGAUCGUUUUCAAGAUAAUGAUGGUGAUGAGAUCACAUCCGAUGAUGAGACCACCACCAUAUCAACAAGUUUGAACAACGACUCGACUUUAACAACACAAGAAAAUUCUUCACAGCCGAACUCGUCAUCACUCUUCUGGCAGUAUAAUGUUCAGGCAAAAGGACCAAAGACCAAACGAAUACUCUACUUAAAAGAACGUGAUCCACAUUUAUGUCGAGAGUUUAGUGAUCCCGUCUAUCAAAUCAAAUUGACUCAAACAAAAGGUCAACAGUUUACUAAACUUCGGAAAGGUGAUGGAAACGAUGUGACACCAAAUCCAAUGAAACUUUAUCAACUCGGAAAGCAAAUUCGAGAUUUAUCGAUGGUAGGAAAAAGUCACCUGAAUACACCAUCCGUAUAUCAUGGAAUCUAUCAUGUCGAGCAACAAUCGAACCCCAAUGACACAGCUGAAGUGAAGAAAGAAAAGAAUAAAAUCGCCAGUCGAGCUUGUCGACUUCGUAAAAAAGCUCAACACGAAGCGAAUAAACUCAAAUUACAUGGCCUUAAUGAAGAGCAUCGAACUCUUAUCAAUCUUAUCGCAUCAAUUAAACUCAUUGUUCUCAAACGAUACCAUGAUGGCCAACUAAAUACUCCAUCUCUAUCACCAAAUCAAUCACUCGAAACUGCACUCGACCAACUCAUUGCUGCGAAAUACAAGCAACCUGUUGCAGGAAAUGCUGAUGGUUUCGUUCAAGGUAUACUCAACGAUAUGGAACGUACAAGACAGUAUCCGUGUGAGCGAUCAUUUGAAUGUUCUCCGUCCGGUGUGUUGUUCUAA